UUUAAUUUUCACUGGCUUUCUGAGACAAUGCAAUCAUCAUCAUCAUCCUCUUCUAAAACUCGUCAAUGGAAGUAUGAUGUUUUUCUUAGUUUCAGAGGAGAAGACACUCGCAAGAGCUUCACAGACCAUCUCUAUGCUGCUAUGGAAAGGAGAGGAAUUGCCACUUUCAGAGAUGAUGAAAGACUAGAGAGAGGAAAACCCAUUUCCCAGGAGCUCUUGAAAGCCAUAGAAGAUUCAAGAUUUUCUGUUGUUAUUUUCUCGAGAAACUAUGCUGCUUCUACAUGGUGUUUGGAUGAAGUGGCAAAGAUUGUUGAGUGUAUGAAAGUGAUGGGCCAAACUGUUCUGCCUGUUUUCUACCAUAUAGAUCCUUCUAAGGUCAGGAAACAACUGGGAAGCUUUGAGGAUGCUUUUGUUAGGCAUGAAGAAGAUUUCAAAGGGAAUGAAAGAAAGGUCCAGACAUGGAGGGAUGCUUUGGCAUAUGUUGCUAAUCUCUCUGGAUGGGAUUUAAGAGAUAGACAUGAAUCUAAAGUUAUCCAAGAAAUUGUUGAUAUGGUAUUCAACAAACUGAGCUAUUCCUUCUGUAAUUUCAACAAAAACAUAGUUGGGAUUGAAUCCCAAGUGGAGGAAUUGCUUCAUUAUCUAGACCUAGAGAUAAAUGAUGCUGUUCGAACUGUAGGGAUAUGUGGAAUGGUUGGGAUAGGCAAGACCUGA